AUGGCGCCGCGUGGUGCGCAGCAGCGUCCGGCGCAGAGCGGGCCGCGCCGAACGGUGCGGGGCGACCGGCCGGCCGGCGGGCGGGCGGGCGUGGCGGGCGGGCGGGCGGCGCCCGGGCGGCGGCCGGCGCGGCCUGCGGGCUCCGGGGCCGGCGCGCACGGAGCGGAGCGGAGCGGAGCGAAGGCCAAGGCCGUGGGGCGGGGCGAGGCGGGGCGGAGGGGCUGGCGUGCGGGAGGGGAGAGGCGCGAGGCGGGAGCGGUCGGUCCCGCCGCGCCGUAUCGCGAGCGCCGGCCUCCGGUCCGCCACCGCCGUCUUCGCGAGGGGGCGGGGAGCGGGCGGGGAGCGGGCCGGGAGGAGUCCCGCGCGGGGCAAAGAGGGGGGCGUCGGCCCCGCUGCGCCCCUCUCGGUCCCGCUCCGCCCCGCGCCACGCCGCUCUAUAUAAACGCGGCGAGACGCGUCGGGAGGAGUCACUCGCUCGCCCGCCCCGCAGUAUCUCGUGCGCCCGCCCGCCGUCCGUCCGUCUCAGUGCCCGUCCGAGAGCAGCCCACCUGCUCCCACAACCCAUCAACGCCGAUACUUGAGAGAGCCAUGAAGGUCUGUGCGCUGGUGCUGGCGCUGUGCGCGGGCGCGCUGUCCAUGCCCGUGGGCGUGGAGGAGGGCCCGCGGCCCGUGGUGCCGCUCGUCAUCACCGACUACUCGUCGGUAGCCAAGGACGCGGCGCCGGCGGCGCCUGUGCCCGCCGCCGCGGCGGCUGAGCCGGCCGUCCAGCAGCCCGUCGUCCCGGCCGCCCCCGCCGCCGCCGCCGCCGCCGCCCCGGCCGAGGGCGCCGUCCGCACCGAGCAGCCCGCCGAGCCCGCCAAGGACGCCCCACUCGCCGACAACAAACCCGCCCCCGCCGCCGCCGCCGCCGAAGAAGACAAGCUCAAGCGGGCACGGGGCAACUCCUUGUCGGCCGCUCGACAUUCAUGUGACAUCUCACGGCGUACUCGAUACUCGACCAACAUAUUUAAUUCCAGUUGUCCCCUGCAAGAUGCAAACCUUCUGGUGGUGUCAGAUGUAAUGUCAAUGGGAUCAGAGCCCUUCUCCAUUUUUGGAAGGGGGUUUUGGGUUGAAAGACGGGCGCGUUCAGAGAUUCCUAAUGCAAUUAGUGUUUCCUCAAAACGUCGAACGGUACAGUCCACAAGUGUCCUGGAACGCUUUAUUUCGAAAGGAACAGAAAUACUGGAAUUCAACAGAUCAUUCCAAUUAAAAUUCAAGACGAACAUAAUUCUUAAUUUCAUUCAAUUAAUGAAAAAUUCAAAAUCGGUGAACAAUAGACAUCUUGAAAAACAAUAUUCUUACUACUACUGA